AAAAAGAAAGAAAGAAAGAAAUAAUAUAUCUAGCUUUGGCCCUUUCGUCUACUUCUUUAAUAAUGCUUAAAAAAAAGCUUCCAGUUUUGAAUAUAUGCUCUCCAAGCUUAACAUUUCGUCUUUUUGUGAACAAUCUUUCUUCUUCUUUUGAUUUUUUCACCCUAAAAAGAAAAAUGAAGCCUUUUGUUCAAUGCAAGCUCGCUUCGAUUCUUUAAUGGCGAAUUUUCUCUUCAUUGGGUCACUGCUUAAUGGCCUUUUUUUCUUCUCUAAAUCUGUUGUAUAAGCAUUAAUCAGAGUCUGGUUUUAUCUCUGAAGAACAUAUGGAUUUCGAGAAAAAGAAGGGAUGGAAACUGGUGGUGCCACGUAUUUUGAAAAACAAAUCAGCAUCUCGUUGUUUUUUCCAAAAGGUGAAACCAACUAAUUUUGACCCGGGCUGUGCACCAGUGUAUCUCAACGUCUAUGACUUAACCCCUAUGAAUGGCUACUUUUUUUGGGCAGGCCUCGGUAUCUUUCAUUCCGGUGUGGAAGUUCACGGUGUGGAGUAUGCAUUUGGAGCUCAUGACUACCCAACAAGUGGUGUUUUCGAGGUUGAACCACGACAGUGCCCGGGUUUCCAGUUCCGAAAAUCGAUAUUCAUUGGGACAACAUCGUUGGAUCCUAUCAAAGUACGGGAAUUCAUGGAGCGUAAUUCGACAAGGUAUCAUGGAGAUACAUAUCACUUGAUCGUCAAGAACUGCAACCAUUUCUGUAAGGAUAUUUGUCACAGGUUGACAGGGAAACACAUCCCGAAAUGGGUAAAUCGGCUUGCAAGAAUAGGUUCAAUGUGCAGUUGCAUUCUUCCCGAAGCCCUUAAGACUUCGGUCGUGCGGCACGAUCCGAAUUAUCAACCUUUCGAUAGUGAGAAAAGGAGGCUGAGAUGCGCAUUUAGUUGCCUAUCUUCAGUUUCCAUGCGGCAAAAGUCCUCAUUACUCCUACAAUCACCCUUAAGAGGCUGCUUCCCACCUUGGGAUUCGAAGAAAUCAAACAAUGUAUCAUAUUGAAACGGUAAGACAACCAAUCGGGUUUAAACAUUCACGGCAAUUAGAGAUUUUUUUUUCGGUGUUUGUCGUCUUAGCUUGUGGGAUGUAUGUUCUCAUGUAACACUAAUGUGUUGUUAAAAUCUUGUUUCAAAGUGUUCUUUUGGUCUCUAAGACAAUGUAAUUGAUUUAAUUCGUUGAUUCGAGCGGAAGAUAAAAGGGGAA